GGUAUGAAUAAUACAUUGAGGUAAUGGUUUCCAAAUUGGUUUCAUAAUGAGUAUCUUGCUUUUAGAAAACUCCGCCUUCAUGAAAUGUGUUUAUCUUUCUGAAGUGUUUAAAGUAUACAACUUCAUAUCACUGUUUAUAACCUUGUUCUAUUAUAACAUGCACAAUUUCAAUAUGAAAUUGAUUACCAUAGAAAAUAUUUUAAUUAUUGAUACAGUUAAUACAGAUUUGAUUUACACAGCACAUAUUUCUAAGAUAUGAACCAUUAAUUAUUGAAGAAAUGGAAUUAUUAUUUAUGAGUAGCCUUUCUUACGUUUCAAACUUUCUGCUACUGGUAGUUAUAAUUUGCUUCCUAGAGUAAUUGUGACUUCAAAAUUAUGCUGUGAUAGCUUGGUGCACUAAAAUAGUCUUCAUUCCAGAAAUGUUAUGAAAUGUCCCAAGAAUGCUGCCUUAAAACUUUCAAAAAAGUUCUUUGUGUGUUAAACCUAUAAGAUACUUUUCCUUAAGGUAACUAAUACCAAUCUGCUGGCAAUAAAUGGUUCAUUUAAUCCAAUAAAUUGUUGCAUUCAUUCUUUUUCCAACGUUAGGUUUAAACACAAAUGUUCACCAAAUAUAUUGUAACAUAAAUCACAAGUAAUAUGCUUAAACUAUAAACAACACUAAACUUACCAGCAAUUUAAAAAGCCUAAAUUAGAUACGCUAGAAGUUACAUGUAUACCUUACCUGUUCAAGAAUUGACACUUUUCACUAGUAUGUAUUUUAAAAUCUGGUCAACAACUGCAGGUGCUUACAUAUUUCCAAAUACUCUUGGGCGCUUUUCCCUGAUCAAAUGUCUUGCUGGUAGCUGGUUUUUGAGGGUGUUGAGUGGUCUUUUGAGCUAGCGUCCAUUGGAGCAAAACCGCACCAUCAAGCAAGAGGAAAAGAAGCCGGUUUUAGUAUUUUCGUGCUUUCCAGUUACAGGUGAAAACCUUUCUCCUUUUCUCCAGUUAGCAUUUAUUUAUGUUAUCCCGUGGGUUAAUCUAAGACUAAUUCUCAACGCCCAGGAUUGUUGAGAGUUGGGCGUCACUUGUCGGUUAAAAGCAUUGCUAUAUUAUAUAAACAGAAGACUAGUACCCGUAAGGAUUUCUGGGUUUUAAGAGGACCCAGACUUAGGUUAUUCGUUUACACUAUGUUAAUCGUUAGUCCGGCAAAGAAAACUUUUAAAUCAAUGUAUACUGACUGGAAUACAUGGAAGAAGCCACUUAAAAUGGCAGUUGUCCUUAAAGGAAAGGCUGGUGAGAAUUCAAAAGCUUGGUUCGGCCUUUGUUGCUCAUUUGCAUAUUUUCAGUGUAAAACCCGACUACCGUUCAGUAUUUACUUUUAUAUAUUGCUACACUUAUUGCCCAAUACGUAUGCGAGGGGCAGGCCUAUAAGUUUCAGCCAUCCCAGCACAAGCUGCAUACGGAGACAUUUCCUGUCAAUCAUAAAGUUCCGCCCCUGCUACUUUUCCGGAAAGGUCGUAGAGAAGUGGGGGAGGAGGAGAGAAACGGAAAGGGAAAUCCCCUCCCCAGCUUUUCCUCGCCCUUUUCUUUUCCGUUCCCAUCUCCGAUUGGCUCUUUGAGCAGUCUGUUAACGCCUACUGCCAGUGAGUGUGUGCGCCGUGACGUCUGCCACUACCUAGGAAAGGCCACCCGCUCCGGACUGGGCAGGCUUCCCAAGUGGGGGAGAAAAAGGGUAAAAAAUUUCAAGAUGGCGGCGGCUGAGGCGCGGAUAACAAUGGAAAACGGGAGGUUUGGGUGGCUCUGGGCCUGAGCUACAUUGGGGUAGGGGAUUGAAAUCAUCGGGCCUGCAUAGGGAAGGCGGGGUCGGUCGGCACUGGGGCGCCCCCUGCCCUGAGAAAGGCAGUGGUGACGGCCGAAGAAGAGGGAGAAUUGGGCUCCGAAGUGCCCGGUGUCCCUCGCCGCCAGCUAUGGCGGAGUGAAGAGCCGGCUGCUCCCGGUGCUCCCGUUUUUCCGCUCGCGGCUCAUGGUUCUGCCCCCCUGCCCCAUGGCGGAGUUCGUGGUGUCGCAGCACAGCGCGGUGAUGGAGCGGCUCCGCCGGCGCAUCGAGCUUUGCCGGCGACAUCACAGUGCCUGCGAGUCCCGCUACCAGGCCGUGUCCCCGGAACGCCUGGAGCUGGAGCGCCAGCAGACCUUCGCCCUUCACCAGCGCUGCUUGCAGGCUAAGGCCAAGCGAGCGGGGAAGCACCGCCAGCCGCCCCUUCCACCCCCCACUGCGCCACCUCCGACGGCUCCUUCGCAUCCGCCUUCCUCUGCUCCGGCCCCGGGGGCCGGGGGCCCUGCGUCUACCUCCACUUCUUCCGACAGGCCUGGAGUCAAUGGCCUGGACGGUGACACCGCGGGCGGUGAACAGCAACAGCACGGCCGUAGCAGCGCCCUUAUCGCGCAGCUUCAUGAAACUGUAAAAAGGAAACUUGAUAAUUCUGUUUCACCUCAAAAUGGCGACCAGUCAAAUGGCUUUGGUGACAUAUUUCCCAUGCCCAAGAAAUUGUGUCAUGAUGAUGGUCUUGGUGGGUUGAGUGGCUCCUCCAAUGGAAUACCUCCUGUAUCCCCUCUACAUCAGCCUGACAGCAAACCUUCCAGUGGAGAAAAUUUACAGCUUAAUGGAAAACAUUCCAUGAGCCUAGAUGGAAUGAGCAAAAAGGACCUGCCAGAUUCUAGCCUUCAGUUGAAUGGAAGCAGUGAUGCUGAUGACUCAUUUGCUAUGGUUAUUAACAAAGAACUCAAACAAGAACCAGAUGAUCUUCCUUGUAUGAUUACGGGACCAGGAAGUUCGAUAUCGCAAAACAAUUUGAUGUCUGAUCUUAACCUUAAUGACCAAGAGUGGGAGGAGCUAAUGAAUGAACUAAACAGAUCAAUGCCCGAUGAGGAUAUGAAAGACCUAUUUACUGAAGACUUUGAGGAAAAGAAAGAUGCUGAUCCUUCAAAUUCAACUGCACAAACUCCUUUACCACAAGAUAUCAUUAUAAAGACUGAAUUUUCCCCGGCAGACUUUGAACAGGAACAAAUAGGGUCUCCACAAGUCAGAACUACCUCUACUGGCACGUUUAUUGGUACAUCUUCUAUCCCUGUUACUGCUGCUUCUCCAGCAGUUAGUAAUUCUCAAACAAUGUUUCAGCCUUCAAAUCAGUCCAUGCCUGAAAAUCCCAACCAGUCAAUAAUGCAACCAUCAAGCCAGGCUCAAAAUGUUCAGAGGCCUCUAUCUAAUACAUUGUUAUGGAAAACUACAGGGAGUGCCAAAGAGAUGUCAUCUGCUAAACAGCUACAGCAAAUAGCUGCUAAGCAAAAGAGAGAUCAAUUGUUGCAGAACCAACAGCAGGUCCACCCAUCCAAUCAAAUUUCUAGUUGGCAACAAUCUGGACCUUCUCACAGUCCAUUGGCUGUCUCAUACACUAUGGAAAAUCCAACUAGUCCUUCUGUUUACCAGCAAGACUUCAGUAACCAAAAACUCCUGAUACCCAAUAUGCCAAACAAGAGUUCUCCUAGAACAGGAGGUAAUUAUCAUGGUGGAAAUAUGCUAAGCCAUCAGCCAAGCAACAUAAAUCAGAAUUCUGCAUCUAAUCAAAACUCUGUGUUAGAUUAUGGGAAUACAAAACCUCUUUCACAUUACAAAGAAUGUGGGCAAGGAAUCACAGUACCUGGACAAAACAAGUCUUCUAUGUUAGCAUAUCUUCAGCAACAUCAGCAGUCUACGCUGCCUCAUAUGAGCGAUGAGCAGAGUGGGAUAUUUGUAAUGAAGAAGUCUGGAAAUAUUGCUUAUAGGCCUUUAAUACCACACAAUCAGGUAAGAUCAAAUCAUUCUGCUGGUGUUCCUCGCAUUCCUGUUUCUGUUCCUGGCUCUGGUGUAAAUGUACAGCCUCCCAAUGUUUCCAUGGCAGGUAACCAUGGUAAUGCAGCUUAUCUCAACAGUCAGCAGCAAGCAGCUGUAAUGAAGCAGCACCAGAUGAUACUAGAUCAUAAGCAGCAGCAACAAAAGCAGUUGUUACUAGAACAACAGAAACAACAGUUUCUAAUGGGACAGAGGCAACUUCUUGCUGAACAGGAGAAACAGAGGCAUCAUCAGGAGCAACAGCUCCAGAGGCAUUUGACACGACCACCUCCUCAGUAUCAAGAUCAGACACAAACCCAUAUCAACAACAAGUUGGGCCAGUUCCCAGGUUCAUCUCCAUCAAUGACAGGGGUAAAUAAUUUAGGCCAGUCCAACUCCAGCAGUCCACGAAUGUUUUCUCAGAAUCAGAACAUGAUUCAGAUUGGAACAGGGCACAAUUCUGUCUCAUCAAGCAGUAAUCAGCAAGAUCGAGCAGUUAAUCAAUAUGCUAGUCUGCAGAAUAUUCAUCGAGGUAAUUUAUACAGCAUGGCAUCUGGUAUGACCCAGAUGGUUCACAACGCAAAUCCAACUGCCAAUGGUCAGCCACAGAUGCAAAGACAACCCAGUUUGGCUCAGGGCACUGCUCUUCCUGCUGGAUACGGACAGAACACACUAGGAAAUUCAGGCAUUUCUCACCAACAUAAAGGAGCACUAAAUGCUACAUUAUCCAAGCCUCAGAUGGCAAGAAUGCCAGCAAUUGGGGCCCAAAAUACAUCUUGGCAGCAUCAAGCUAUAUCAAAUAUGAACAAUCAGGCUCAAAGAAAUAAUGGUUUAGCGACGUUUACUGCCAGCUCCACGUUCCAUAUGCAGCAGACUCAUUUAAAGUUGCCCAGUCAACAAUUUGCCCAAGGAAUGCCUCAGGUAAGCCUCAACACCAGCAGGACAAUAGCACCCAUGAAUUCAGCUGUAUCUGGACAGAUUCUGCCGUUAGGGGCCCAGCAGCGGACAAACCCUCCUACUCAACAGUCAGUCCAGUCACAACAGGUCUUGCAAGGCAUGAGUCAAACUGUCCCAGAUCUGACUUUCAGCCAGACAAAUCAGCAGCUGUCCAGCAGAACCAGUCUACACUGUACUCAAGGUUAUCCUGUGAGGACAGCUAAUCAGGAAUUGCCUUUUGCCUACAGUAACCCAUCUGGAGGUAAUGGACUACAGAACUUAACGGGAGAUACAGACCUCAUAGACACUUUAUUGAAAAGCAGGACUUCAGAAGAGUGGAUGAAUGAUUUGGAUGAGUUAUUAGGGAAUCACUGAAAUGAAAUUUGUUUGUUUGUUUUCUUCCCUGAAUCAUUUUUUUAAAAUUACAAAUUAUCUUUGGACCAAAUACCUGUGUCAUUGAAAACUCACAGGCUCUAGUGGGAAUGUAUUGGAGUUCCUUCUUUCUGGGUCUCAGAACAUAAAAAAGAUGCACCGGCUUGCUAGGAAAAAAUGUCAUCUCUGUAGUGUGUCUGGAACACAACAUAUGCAAACAGUUUGGUGCGUACCCCCAAACAGCCCAGCAAAAAUGUAACUUUUUUCCAGUGUUUUACAUUUGAAGACUUAAAUGUGAACCCAUGCAGUUGCAGUGCAGAAAGUAAGCCAACAAGGAAUAGGCUUUAAGUAUUAAGUGUUGGUAUUCUUUCUUACAGAUAGUACUUGAUAGAUUUCUUUAUCCUAAUUUGGAUCUCUAAAUAGUAAAAAGUGCCACCUUGCCACCAUUUUCAAGGAAAGAAUGUGUAUAGCCCUUGUUUUUUUGUGGAAUCCUCCUGAGUUUAGGGAGAAUGAUGAUCUAAUCAAUGUGUGCCAACAUUCUUAGCAAACCAGAUAUAAGAAUUCACAAUAACUGAUAAUGGGCUUACUGGAGAUCCUUAACUAAUACAACAAUUCCAGAAGCAGGUUGCCGUAGGUCUAAACUGGGGAACCUGGUCUUAAUUGGCUUAUGGCUUACUGAACUAAGCAAUUUGCACUCUGCUAUUGGGGGGGGGGGGUUUCUUUUUUAGUUAUUUUUUAAUUGGAGAAACAGACUUAAAAUCAAGUGUGUGCACUUUUUCUAUCUCCUUUCCUGCAUUCAUUAAAGUUGGAUUGAUCACACCACAUCACAUUUCUCUGUUUGAUUCAGAGGGCAUUCAUUCUUAGCAGUAUUUUUGUUGCCAUGUGUAUACUGUACUAUGUGGAUAGGAUGAUUUAGUCUUUGUCAAGCAGGUGAAGCAAGUUUUAUGCCUUGGGAGUUAUUGACUGAAAAUUUUGCAAUAAUGGCACAGGAAGAUGGGGGGCACACUAUACUUUUUUUAAAAAAUUAACAAUUGUGAGACGCUUGGGGAAAAUGGUGAUUGAAGCUCUUUAGAAAUAUAAAGACGAAUCUCCAAUGAAAUAAAUGCUGCUAAUUCAUCAUGUUCCAUGGAGACACAUUUCCUGGAUGUGUAAAAUUAGUUCUUUAUAUGGCAAGGAAAAGAGAAUUAUUUUUAAUGUGUUACCAAAAAGAAUUUCUGCUUGCCAACAAACCACCUUUUGCCUUAACCUUUAGUUAUAAAGGUAAUCAAUUUGAAAGUUGUUUUAGAUGCAUAGAUACCUCUCUGUUCCUACUCGAGGUUUUGUUUUGUUCUUUAAUGAACAGGGCUAUUUACCUCCUGUUAUAAGGAUUCUUCAUUUACUUCAUAGCAUUUGCAACUGAGAAUCAUAGAAUUUCCUUUGCCUCAGAUACGUUCAGGAGAAUUUAUAGAAAUAUUUGAAUCUGGGAUUUUUUGGACGGGGGAACAGUGAAGAGAUGAAAGAAGAUGAACAAUAGGAAAAUAUUUUACUGUAUCUGCAGUGUUUCUCUCAAAUGUGCACUUUGGAAAACAAUCUGCUUUAACACUACUUUUAAUUUAAUUUUCCCGUUCCUUUCAUUGUAUAUGGUUGCCAUCCAUGAUCAAGAUAAGUAUGCCAUGCUAAAGAGAUGUUUGUGUUUUGGUGGAUAAUUGAUGGGGAAUAAUGGUGAAAACUGCAUGUUAAUGAAUGGUUCCACUACUGAUAUGUCCAGACUGAAGCAAAUUGCAUUGAGUGUAUAUUUUUAAAAAAUCAUUUUAUAAUAAGAGUUGCUUAAUUUAAUAAUUAAAAUAUAGGUGUCACUAUAUUGUAAGUAAAUUAGAUUAGAGUUACAUUUACUAAUCUUUUCCAUAAAUCGGCAAUUGAGUUAAUUUUUUUUCAGUGAAUUCAAUUCAAUCAAAGAUUUGAUCCAAAAUGAAUGUCAGCUGGAAAAUAUUGUAAUCUUUGUAGCUGCUUUUUUUGACCAUGGAAAAAUUAUUGGGGUCUGGGAGGAAGAGAUUUGAAAUGGAGAUAAAGUAUAUUUGUUAUGUGUUUUGGUAAUCUUGCACCAGUGUGCCUUCCUUUCGUUUGUGGAGGUACUUGAGACCUCAUACUUCUUAAUUAUUUGAGUUCUUCGUAUUUCUUCUUUAGGUGCAGAAAAAAAUAACUACGAGUUUUAUACCAUUCUAGCUUAAUUUAUCAGAUAAAAUUUUGGUCAGAAGGAAAUGUAAGUCACUUUGUGUUUCAAAGUGUCUUUGUUUAGUUACAUAAGGUUUUAUCAGCUGCAGCACAUACAACUAGGAAUAAGCCUCUUGUUGCUUUUUAGGUAUCCUGGAUUACAAUUCCCAUGGUUCCACACACAGUUGCCCUGCUGCUGGACUGAUGAGAAUUGUAAUCUGGAAUCUUUCAAGGGUAACAAAUGCCUUCUGGUGAAAUAAAUUAGCUGGAAAUAAUUUUGGAUUGACUGUCCUUUCAAAAUUGGGG